GUGACGUAAUUGCACAUCACUUCCGGUGUGCAGUCUGCAUCUCUCGACCACUACUGUACUUGCCAUUUUUAUGUUGCCGCUCUUACUCCCGCAAAGCGUCUUUUAUUUCAUAAAUAACGGCGUCCAACAUGGAGAGAAUAUCGCUGCUCUGGCUUGUGGUGCUGACAACGUUCGUCGUCGCUUCAUGUUUCACCGACAUGGAAAGCGGGCCGGGCGCAGGUGUAUCGACACAGACCGCAGGAGAUCGGUUUAAAAUCGAAGGAAGGGCCAUCGUACCUGGCGUUAAAACACCAGACUGGGUCUCCACGGCACGGAUUCUUGUGGACGGCGAAGACUACGUGGGUUUUGUCAGAACUGAUGGAAGUUUUGCUGUAAACGACGUCCCCUCCGGGUCCUACGUUGUCGAGAUUGUUGCUCCAGCAUACCGAUUUGAGCCGGUCCGUGUUGAUAUCACAUCCAAGGGCAAAAUGAGGGCUCGUCUUGUCAACUACAUUAAGACUUCAGAAGUCAUCCGGCAGCCGUAUCCUCUUCAAGUUAGAGCCAGUGGUCUUCACAGCUACUUCAUUAAGAGGGAGACCUGGGGCUGGACCGACUUCCUCAUGAACCCAAUGGUUAUGAUGAUGGUGCUGCCCCUGCUGAUUAUUGUUCUGCUGCCCAAAGUGGUCAACACCAACGACCCAGAGAUGAGAAAGGAAAUGGAACAGUCCAUGAACAUGCUGAACCCCAACCCCGAGCUUCCGGACGUGUCGGAGCUCAUGACCAAGCUCUUCUCGGGCUCCAAGGGUUCCAGCAAGGCGGGCGGCAGUAGCAGCAGCAGCAAGGGAACCAGGCCAGCUGUCAAAAGGAGGUAGUAAUGAAAUAUGCCUGAAGAAGCACGGGUCACACAAGCGAGAAUUGGAAGUGUCUUCUUUUCCCCUCCUUCUGCUCUACUUUUGGUCUGUUGUACAGUUCUCUUCAUGACCAGCUGUAAACUAACUACUUACACAAAAAAAACUACUUUUUUUUCCCCCCUCCACAAAGCCUUUUAUAAGCAGUUCCAUGCUGUCGUGCUCCUCGUUAAUUGUUCUAAUCCUUCGCUGUGCUUCGCUGCUAACUGCACUACCUGAGAUCUAUACAUAUUCAGAGAUUUUUUAUUAUUAUUUCAGUAAAAUGGCUGUGAAUGACGAUGAAUCGAGUAAUUUUAAGACUGAUGAUGACAUCUUAUUUAAAAAGCGUGGAUUAAUAAAUUGCAAUGGUAUAUAAAA